CUGGGGCACGGGCCUCGGGGACGCGCACGGCGCGCGCCGCCAUAGAGGACGCGCUUCUCCGGUCGCGCGCGCGGCAAUCCAUCUCUGAGCGGAAACCGAAGGCACAAGGGGGAGAAACGUAGAACAUGAAGAGGCAGGGGGCGUCCUCCGAGCGGAAACCGGCGUGGAUAGCGUCGGGGAAGGCGGGAGCAACAAAUGCAUUUCUCAUGGAAGUGUGUGUUGAUUCAGUAGAGUCAGCUGUGAAUGCAGAAAGAGGAGGUGCUGGUCGAAUUGAAUUAUGUUCUGGUUUAUUGGAGGGAGGAACCACACCCAGCAUGGGUGUCCUUCAAGUAGUGAAACAGAGUGUCCAGAUUCCAGUUUUUGUGAUGAUUCGGCCACGUGGAGGUGAUUUUUUAUAUUCAGAUCGUGAGAUUGAGGUGAUGAAGGCUGACAUUCGACUUGCCAAGCUUUAUGGUGCUGAUGGUUUGGUAUUUGGGGCAUUGACUGAAGACGGACACAUUGACAAAGAGUUGUGCAUGUCCCUUGUGGCUAUUUGCCGUCCUCUGCCAGUUACUUUCCAUCGAGCCUUUGACAUGGUUCAUGAUCCAAUGGCAGCUCUGGAGACCCUCUUAUCCUUGGGAUUUGAACGAGUGUUGACCAGUGGAUGUGACAGUUCAGCAUUAGAAGGGCUACCUCUAAUAAAGCGACUCAUAGAUCAGGCAAAAGGCAGGAUUGUGGUAAUGCCAGGAGGUGGUAUAACUGACAGAAAUCUACAAAGGAUCCUUGAGGGUUCAGGUGCUACAGAAUUCCACUGUUCUGCUCGGACUUCUAGAGACUCGGGAAUGAGGUUUCGAAAUUCCUCUGUUGCCAUGGGAGCCUCACUUUCUAAUUCAGAGUAUUCUCUAAAGGUAACAGAUGUGACCAAAGUCAGGACUUUGAAUGCUAUUGCAAAGAAUAUCCUGGUUUAGCCAGACCUCUCAAAGAGACAUGGAUAUCGCCGUGUGAAGAAAGAAGUAUAAUCUACGAUUCUCUGUGACAAAGUUUUAACCUUCUCCAGCUAGGACAGUCAGUCUUUAAGUUUCACAUGACCAUGAAGUAUGUUUCCAAGAAGGAAAAGAAAUUGAAACAGAUAACACUCAUUUCCUUUGCUUACUCUUGCCAGCCUUUGCCAUCAUCGUGAUUAAAUCUGUUUGUGCUACUUCCACAGAGAGGCUUAGUCUAUUUUCAGUAGAACUAGUGAAUGAACUGAGAAAAUUCAGCUGCAAGGUAUGAAUUAAGCGUGGCUUCAGGGUCAAUUCAAUAGUUGUAGUAUUUUGCCUUUUCAUUUGUAAAAUAAAAAUUUUCAUUCUAUUAUGAUA